UUAGUUAUGUAUAAUUCAGUCAAAUUCUACUAAUAUUUAAAAAAUUUGACUAUGAUUUAUUUCGCCAAAGUAUACUAAAACUGAAAGGGCCGGAAGCCAUGUACAGGUACUCGAUCUGUGUUUAACACAUCAACCUUUUCUUCUUGAUUUUUUCUCACUGAAGAGUAGCCAAUAUUCCCGACUGAAAGAUGAGCUCAGCGGAUUUGCCACAGAAGGAGGCAAACUUGCUGAAAGGCCACGAAGGCGCAGUAUUAGCUGCAAGAUUCAAUGGAGAUGGCAAUUAUUGCCUGAGCUGUGGCAAAGACCGAACUAUUCGUCUUUGGAAUCCCCACCGUGGCAUCCACAUCAAGACAUACAAAUCUCACGGCCGCGAAGUCCGCGAUGUCCAUGUCACUUCAGACAACUCAAAGUUGAUUUCUUGUGGUGGUGACCGUCAAAUCUUUUACUGGGAUGUAGCAACUGGUCGUGUUAUCCGAAAAUUCCGAGGUCAUGAUAGUGAGGUGAAUGCUGUUAAGUUUAAUGACUAUUCGUCCGUUGUAGUAUCAGCUGGGUAUGAUCAGUCCUUGCGCGCAUGGGACUGUAGGUCUCACAGUACUGAGCCCAUUCAGAUUAUUGAUACAUUUCAAGAUAGUGUUAUGUCUGUUUGUUUAACAAAAACUGAAAUGAUUGGUGGAAGUGUUGAUGGUACUGUUAGAACAUUUGACAUUCGUAUUGGUAGAGAAAUAGUUGAUGACUUUGGGCAGCCUGUCAACUGCAUCUCCAUGUCAAAUGACGGCAACUGUAUAUUAGCAAGUUGUCUAGAUUCUACAUUGCGCCUUUUGGACAGAUCAACCGGUGAACUCUUACAAGAAUAUAAAGGCCAUAGAUGUAAGGUUAGCUCGCUGAUGCUUCAUUUGGAUUUGAUAUUUGAUAUGGUGCCUUUUGUUUUUAUCUACUUCGGAAAGUCAUUUUGGGAUCAUAAUAUUUGUUCAAAAUUCAAAGUUCGCAGUCAUUCAAAUUGGAUUGCUGCCUUACCAACACAGAUGCUCAUGUGGCUGGCGGAUCUGAGGAUGGGUACAUUUAUUUUUGGGAUCUCGUGGAUGCAAAUGUGGUGUCAAGUUUCCGUGCCCAUUCCUCAGUGGUAACAAGUGUGAGUUACCACCCGAAGGAAAACUGCAUGAUAAGCGCUUCUGUUGAUGGCACAAUUCGGGUAUGGAAGACUUGAGAACAAAAGAAAACAAAGGUUUCUUCGUGACAAAAGCAAACAAGCUUUUCUUGAUGUCAGCUUGUGGUUACAGACGAAACUCUCAAAGGGUCGGUCCAUUCCAGGCCACCACCUGUAACUCUAUUCACAUGCUGCUGUAUCUGUUCUUAGCGAUGAGAAAACAUUCCAGGUAAACUUUGUCUAUAGUCAAUGUGGGUUCAGUUCUAUUGCUUUUCACAUUUUUAUGCUCUUUUGAGAUUUUUCACAAGUACAUGUAAAUUUCACCAAACAUAUUGCAAGAUUUUACUUUUUCUAAUUCACAGAACCAGAGUUUCCUUUAUUAA